AUGCUCGUUACAGGAUCACAUAUCAGAUUUGACGAGAUGGAUGUACCACCAACAAAGCCAUUCCGUUAUGCAUCAAAUAUUCAGAAGCUCAUUAGCAGCUGGGAUGAUGCUAGCUCAGAGUGGGGCCCACCUGAUGAUCAUCCAAUACACAUCCAAGGCCAUCCAAUUCCUAUCAAGCACUGGAAAGUCCUCUACAAGAAUAACAAGGCCGCUGGCAUGGAGUGGCACAGACUCAAGAAUAGUUGGAACAACUGGCAUUAUUUUAUGGAACGAUACCAGUCUUUGACGCAAGAUGCAUUCUGGGAAAAAUAUACUGAUCCACAAGGCCAGAGGAUGUCAUAUACUCGUAUCAUAAACUCUCUUCGGAACGAGCGGAAAGACAACAAUGCCCAGUUAGUGAAGGAGGCCAAGGGAAAAUACGGUGAUGAUCAGUUUUCCAAAGAGUUUGCCUAUCAGAAGGGAAAGAAGAAGCGGAUCACCAUGAGACGAGAAUCAGAUAUUGCACAGAUGUAUUGUCAAAGGCGGGUCUUCGGGUGA